GCUCACAUUUUCUUUGAUGACGCCAUGGAGUUGGAUGACAAUAAUGAACGUGUGCCCAACCGUUGGGUCAAGGAUCUGGUCAGCUGUAUGGAUGUGGCCUGCAGGUCAGAGAGCUUGUAGUGAAUCUUUUAAAAGAGGCCCACCCUGUGGGCGUGAUGUGUUUACAUUCUAUAAAAUCACCAAUAUUAUUUAAAAGUCAAGACGCUCACAUCAAUGGACUCCCCACCCCCCAUGACCUUUUUUGUUUUUGGAAAAGAAAAAUCCGUUUUACAUAGUCUUGAAAAAAAACAACCCGUCAUUGAAUCGACUGAACCUAUUUUAAUUUUUUUUUUCCCAUUGAAACUCUCCCAAACUUCUUAACAUUUUUAUAUUUUUAUUUCAGUCCAUGGUAAGCCAAUGAAAGUUCAUCCACCCACCAGUCCCCACACCUUAUGGUGGACAGCUUAUCUGGCAGAUGCCAGGAGAAAAUCUGCUCUUUGUUCACAUGAAGGACAUGUCCAAAAUCAGAAACAGAAAAAGAUGGUCUCAGGUAAAUGAUAAACUAAUGAAAUUUGUUGAUUUAUGAUUGGAAUGUAAUUAAAUUUAAUUUGAUUUCUGCAACUGGCUGACAUAAGAUAUGAGAUUGAGCUUACGUACUGCUAUCCCAAUGAAGCAGACAUAAUUGUUUUCUUUGUUCAUCAGCACCAUCAUAUACAUGAUAUUUUUACCUAAAAGUAUUUUUUGAAAAAUGACAUUGGUUUCAAUUUUGGAGAAAUUGAUUAUGAACCAACCUUUGAAGAGCUGAUAAUGACGUUAAAAUUUUGCUUUGUUCCUAGCAUUUUAACAUAGUAUUUAUUUGAGUAUCUCUUAUCUAGAAAUUCUAUAUUAAUUGUUAAAUUAAUAAUUUUGUUGGGAAAUAUGUUUCCAACAAAUUUAUUUUUUAAAAGCUUUUGAGGUAACUAAUAGUAUUUUUUUUUAAAAAUUAGUCAGUAAUUCUAUCUUUAAAUUUGGAUUUUAAAUAACAUUUCUGUCUUCAAUAUGUUACAUUUAAUUAUGUUGCUGUUUUUUCUAGGUGAUGUAUAUGUAUUACCUACUGGGAUAUCGU